UAUAUUUAUGAAGGUCGGAAACCUUUGCUUCUUUGGUUUUCUCUGUGGGACCCACACUUAUUUAUUUUAUCUAAUGAUUGCAUCACUCCUGAUGUGACACGUCAGCGAUUUGUGGGUCUCACUUUUAAAAAGUGUGAAAAAGUGUCAAGUCUUUGACUCAAACCCAGGUUAUUGAGAUCUAAAUAACAACAUUUAUACCACUGAACUAAAUGAUUCUUUGUACAUUGAUGGCUGAAACAAAUAUAUAUUUAUGAAGGUCGGAAACCUUUGCUUCUUCGGUUCUCUGUGGGACCCACACUUAUUUAUUUUAUCUAAUGAUUUAAUAAAUACUUUAUAACUCACGUUUUGAAAUGAGAUUCGUUAAAAAAAGCCCAAUAAACCUCUUUGGUAUGUAAGCGUUCUCUUCAAUGGAAAUUUAGAGUUUUCAAUUUUUAAUCAUCGGUUCAUGAUUCAUCUAAGAAACACAGAUUGACUCUUUGAGUUUCAUGAAUCAGUUUUUCUUCUUUAGUCUCUACAUCUCCCCAUCUUUAAUAAAUUCAUCAUUGGUUCUUUUAUUUUGCCUGAUAAAUCAUGAUUGUGUGGUUUUAAUUUUCUUUGGUCAUCCUUAGUUUGCACCCUUUGAUCUAACCAAGAAGAAGAAGAAGACAUUUGUCGUUUAGGAUGCCAUCGAGGACUCAGCUGAGUCACACGGGAGACAUACUAUCUGUUGCCUGAUUGUUCAAGAAGAGUUUAUGUGUUGUGAAACAUAUUUGUUUCUUUUCAUCAGUUGCUUUGUUUAAUCUUUCCUGCAAAUAAUGAUGGCUUUGACAGUUCAUUCACGAGAGCCAAGAAGUAAAAGAAGAAGAAGCCAGUGAGUGUUUGACAUUUUCUGUCUUCCUGAGUUUUUUUUCCAUUCAUUAAACUUGAAUUUUGAAGAUUAUGUGCCUCACAUUCUUUUUAUUUUGAUGGUUGUUAGGUUGAAUGAAGAUCAUUGAAUAAAGAAAAUGUCGAUGCUCCUGAAGAUUUGGAGGGUACUUUAUAUUUCUUUCUCUGAUAAUUCUAGCGACAUAAAUUUGAACCUUACAGAGGGUAUAAUGCAGAGCAUCCUAAUGAUGAGGAAGAAGUGGAGGGAAUUGAUAUGCACCAGCAACUUUACCGGUGGGAGGGAAGUGACAUGGAUUACUUAUACGACGAGGUAAGCAUAUCAUUAGAUGGUUUGCGGUCCAUAUUUGAGGCCAUCAAUUGUAAGUGUCUAUCGUUUUGAAGUUGUACGACACUAAGAUGUAAAGAAUUACUAAUCACGAUUACCUUACUAGCAUAGUUUUUUUGCACAGCUAUUGCCAAUGGAAUUAACACUGGAAAUUGAUGGUGCUAUAUUUCAUGUUCCAAAUACUAACGCAAGCUCCAAUGUUGAUUCUCAGUUUUAACAUGCCAAAAUCACAAUGCAGUGGGUAGCAAUGUCAAAUGGGUGGGUUAUAAAUGGGUGGCCCAUGUCCAAAUAGAUAUGGACCAAAAUGGACAAGCCCAUAUUGAACCAUAAAUAAUUUUUGUCCAAAUGGGUGAACCCAACUACAUCUAUGGCCAAAUUUGGGCUUAACCAGUUGGACAAUGGGCGGCCCAAUAGGAUUAAAUGUUUAGGGUUUGGGAAUUGGGGAAACACGAUCUUUUUUUUUUCUCAGACUCGUGAGAGACAGAGAGAGCUCUUCUGCGAUUCUUCUUCCUCGUCUUCUUCGAUUCUUCUUUCUCAUCUUCGAUUCCUCUUCCUUGUGUUCGAUUCGUCUUCCUCUUCUUUGUUCUUCUUCGGGUUCUCCUUCGAUUCCUUCGAAUCUUCGAUUCUCCUUCGAUGGCCAGAAACAAGCUUUUGUGGUUGUGGGUCGAGUCAGCACUGGCAUAGAAGCAAAACUAAAGGUGCUUUACGGGCCUGGAGCUAGGAAGUUCGCGAGAAGCUGUUGCAGCUCUUGGUUGACCUCUCACGAAGAUGAAUGCAGAUAUUUUGAACCUGAACGAUGAUGACUAUUUGAGUGUUGAAGAUAUGAUGGCUGAGAAUGAAGAUGAGCAGAAUGCACAAGCUGAUUCUGUAACAAGUGCUGCUCAGGCUAGAGGUAACAAACGUAGGCACUCGGUAUGUUGGAAGAACUUUACAAUUAUAGGAGAUAGGUUGUCUGAUGGUAGUCAUAAUAUUAAGUGCAAUCAUUGCCAUGAUCUCUACAACAUAGAUCUAGGUAGGAAUGGAACUAGUACUUUUCUUAGGCAUUCGAGACGGUGUUCAAAGACUCCUGGAUCUACACCUGGUAGUAAUAGGAAGCUGGAUAUGAUGGUCUUCCGUGAGAUGAUAGCUAUUGCUAUAGUAGAGCAUAAUCUGCCUUAUGCAUUUGUCGAGUAUAGAAGGGUGAGAGAUGCUCUUGCUUAUGCGAAUUCAAGUAUUGAAUUCUGGAGUAGGAACACGGCUGUGUCUGAUGUGCUUAGGAUUUUUGAGAAGGAGAAAGCCAAUCUUAGGAAGGUGUUGACUGAAGUUCCUGGUAGGAUCAGCUUCACUACUGAUCUUUGGAGAGCGAUCACGGUAGAGGGAUAUUUGUGUCUGACAGCUCACUAUCUUGACGCAAACUGGAAGCUACACGCGAAGAUAGUUUCAUUCUGUGUGUUUCCUCCUCCUCACACUGGUGCAAGCAUUGCUAUGAAGUUAAUGGAGAUACUGAAAGAGUGGGGCUUAGAUAAGAAAGUGUUUACUGUAACGGUGGACAACGCUACUUCAAAUGAUAAUAUGCAAGGGUUUCUAAAGAGACAGCUUCGCAGCUACUGCAGUCUUGGAUCCAAGGUUGAAGUUCAAGUGCUUAGAGUAUUGUUAUACCACUCUAAACCCGUCAACAAGCAAGGCUAAGAUGGAUCAUAUCCGUAAGAAGAUGGAGAAGCUAUUUGGAGUGUAUAAGAAGAGUACUAAGACCAGUACUGCAACCACUUCAGAAACCACAAUGGAGAAUAGUCUUCCUGCUGGUUAUGGGGGAUUUUAUGCAUUCAUUACUCAAAAUGCAGGAGAAGGAAAAUCAGCUUUAUACGUUUACUUGGCUGAACCGGCCAUGGAUAUGGUUGCCUUUCCGCAACUAGAUGUCUUGGAAUAUUGGAAAAACAAUAAAGCUCGGUUUAAGGAGUUGUCUCGUAUGGCGUGUGAUGUUCUUUGUAUCCCCAUUACAACUGUAUCUUCAGAGUCUUCUUUUAGUGCUGGAAGCCGGGUCCUUACCAAGUACAGGAGCCGACUACUACCAUCCAAUGUACAAGCUCUCAUCUGUACAAGAAACUGGCUACGCGGCUUUGAACCGAUGAGUAAGUCGUCUCAUCUGUACAAGCUCUCAUCUGUUAGGGGACUACUAAUUUUGAUAGCUAACAAUGAUAUCUGUACAAGCUCGGUUUUAGGGCAGUAGGGUUGUUCUGAACACUGAUAUUCAAUUAGCUUGUUUGGUUUUAUUGCUCAGCUUUAUUGCUUGACAGUUUAAGUAGAGUCGCUCUCAUUUGUUUGUAAAAAAUACUAAUUAAUAUUAAUUAAAUAUUAGUAUUUA